GAUGAAGAGCUUCGUAAAAAGUAUGAUGUGUAUGGUGAAGAGGGUUUAAAAGAUGACCACUUUGAUGGAGGACAUUACCAAAGCUGGAAUUAUUUUAAUGAGGAAUUUGGUAAGAUUGUGGCAUUUACAGAGGAGAUUAGUUGUUUCAGCUUAAUUUUUUUAUUUGAACUAUAAUGUUAUUCCCGUUAAUAAACCACCAAAAAAGUCUUGUUCAUGUAGAUCUUCAGUGCCUGUUACAUAUUCACCAAGCCUCUUCUUCACAGAGCUUAAAAUUUACCACCAACUCUUAUUUAUUUAUUUAUUUAUUUUUAUUUUAUUUUCCACACAAUAAUGAAUUACACAUAAUAUAGGAUAAUUAUAAGUAGAAAAAAGAAGUGGCGAGGAGACCUAACAGAAACUGUAGGAGCUCAUGAGAGGUUAGGCCUCCUCGAACUACAAGCUAGAGCUGUUUACAUCAUAUGAAGAAAAGGUGGCGUUAAGUUGAAGAUGGAAAUUAAGAUUGGAAAUUCACAUUUACGUAAUAAUUUAAUCUUCAGUAUUUUCAUAAAGAAAAAAAGGGAUUGAGAGUUUUGUUGACCUCAUUGUCAUAGUGAGUUAAAAAGCUUACUAGGUCCUUGAGGAAAAGGUGAGAACUUCUUAGUGUUUGUUCGACAAUACAGGAGACAGCUUUAUAUACAACUGUGUGCAUGUAGUCAGGGUGCAAAGAAAAUCAUUUUUACAGCUUGCCCUUCGGGCAAGCUGAAGCUAGCAUUUACUAGCCCAGACGUCAUUUCAACUAGCCCCAAAAACGUUUUGUUCUUCUGUUAUUCAAAUUCCUCAUAAAAGAUCACUUGCCCGUCGGGCAAGUUAAAAACAGAAUUCACUAGCCCGAUAGCAGAAUCCACUAGCCCCGGGCUAUCGGACAGUGCUUUCUUUGCACGCUGGUAGUAUUGUAAAAUGAAAUUAGUUGCUAACUACUGAUAUUUUUCUUAUCACAGGAAUUUAUGAUGAUGACCCAGAGAUUAUAACAUUAAGCUACUCAGAUUUUGGUGGGUGUGCUAAUAAUACAUUAUUUUAUCUUUUUAUUUUAUACUGUAGAUUACCUCCCACAAAACUGCUGGAAAAAUCCUCCAUGGUUUUUCCUAUCAUCUGUGCAAAAAUAGAAUGUAUUUCUAAAUGAAUCUGUUCAUCCUCUCUCCCAAUCUUGUUUUGAAUGAUACGUCUUUGUUUUUGGUCAACCAAAACAACAUUGAAUGGUGGUGAGGAUCAGGAUAAGUUUGUCCUGUUCUGGUGACAUUUUAGUAUGCAUCAUGCUUACCUAAAAUAGAGGUGGACCUGUCUGAAAAGUUUCAUCCGAGGUUUUUUCUAUUAGUUCCUAAAUUAGCUUAAAAUUUACCCACCUCUUUCUUGACUGUUUUACCUCAAAAGCACAUGGGGAAACUUAAAAUGUUGCUAAUCCUUGCAACAAGCUGAAGUGAUGUUAAGUAUAAUUCUGGUAUAAUUUUAUAUCAUUGCUAGCCCGGGCUAGAUUUCUAGCUGCUAUUUGGGAAAUGAGCCGUUGCUCCUCCUGUUUCUUCUUGUUCCUUGCCGCUAAGGAUAUUUCGCCAGGAAAAACGUCUGUGACUCCGUGACAGAAAUUCCAUACUGGUGACGUAAAAUCUGUCCGCAAUCUGGUCAGGAGAUCUGAUUGGUCGACAUAGUAGUUAUAUUGACUUCUUAGUACCAGUAGAGUGUCCCUAACAGACCCUUGCUCAUUCAAUAUGACUUGCUCCCUUGAUAUUAAUAAUAAUAAUAAUAAUAAUAAUAAUAAUAAUAUAUAAAUUAAAUAUAUUAUUUACAUGUUUUCUUUGUAUAAUUAUCAAUGAUAAUAAUGAUAAUUUAUUAAAUGUAAUACAUAAUGCAUUUUGAUUAUUAGGAAAUAUUUUGUACUGUUUGUUUAACAGAGGUGUCAGUUGAAGGAAGUGAAGAUAUUUGGUUUAUCAACUUUUAUUCCCCGUUUUGUUCCCACUGUCAUGAUUUAGCACCAACGGUAAGAAAAGCAGAGUGAUACAUUUUCUUGAAACAGAUGUUCGUUACUUUAGGUUUUUGUCAGGUUUUCCCAUCUGAUAAUAGUUAAAAUAAGGUCAAAAAAUAAUUAUGGUAUCUUUCAGAAGCUUUUAUUGUUCCCUUUUAUUUUUGUACCCUGUAUUUUUUCUCUGUUAAAUGCCCCCUGCCUUUUUUGACAAACUUGACCUGGUAGACACGGAAUGCAUUUGAAUCUGCAGUUUACAUGGGAUCGCUAUUGCAUUUGUUUAGAAGCGUUUUCUAUUCCUUUUUCUCGAUAGCAGUGUUGAUUUUACCUUUAAAACUAAAGUUUAUUAUACUAUUAGUAAUUAUCUGUGGGCUUAUUGAUCUUGCUUUGUAUCAAUUGAGUAAGAUACAUGACAGUACCAUAGUGGUUUUAACUCCUACCAAUUAAAAUUAAAAUAUAAAAAAAACAGUGAAGCUAACCCUUUGUUGUUUUUAUUUAUUAAUACUGGUCAGUGGAGAGAAGUUGCUAAGGAGCUUGAAGGAGUGAUUAGAUUUGGUGCUGUUAAUUGCCAAGAAGAAUGGAACUUGUGUCGGCGGCAGGGAAUACAAAGUUAUCCCUCUCUUGUAUUCUAUCCCACGGUAAGUUUAAUAGGUUGCAAAAACUAAUGAAAAGUCUGUGUUGUUGCUCAAUGAAUGAUUUAGAACACUUACAAACUUCAUCUCCAAGUAGUAAAUGAAUGAUGUAGAAAGGAGGAAACUGUACAUUGGGUAAUCAUAUAAACAAUCUUACUAAAAAUAAACCAUAGUAUUAAGUAUUUUACUUUUGUACUCCAAGUGCUGUAAACGGUCACUUAUAACAGCCUUGGGCUAAUAAUAUACAUCUUCAUAAGCGGUUUAGGAGGGCUUAUAAACCAAGAGGCUUUACGUCCAAAAGGGCUUAUAACUUAAAUAAAUAAAGUGCUGUAUAGCAGUGCUGAUUUUAGUGCUGAUUAAAAUACUUUUUGCAUUUACUGGUUUUUAAUUAACAGUCAAAGUCUCAUAAUACAUUGAAUUCAUUCUAAUCAAAUGAAUACAUUUUUAGGGGGGCAUAUGAUCGGAUUGUUUUUUUGUCUACAGGGAGAUAGGCCUAAUUAACAGGGGGUAGGCGGAGCUUAUAAGUGGUAGUUUAUGGUAUACUGCAUGCUACAGUAGCACAAGGGAAAAUUCAGGAUUUUUGAAAGUGCCAGAGUGGCUGAUACAAAGUAAUUUAGGCUAACCAACUUGCAUUAAAAAUUGAUCAAGCAGAAUAAUAAUUAUUUUCCUAUGCACACCGCAGCAGUCCAAACUGUUACAAUUUGCAAAGGCCAUAAUAAACCUGUAACACUAUAAACUCUAGCAAAUAAAAGAAGUGAAAGAUCUGUAAAGGAACAUAUACAAAGGUGUAUUGUGUCUUUGAGAAAAAAUUCAAUGGGAUACUGCGUUCCCAUUGAUCAGUGGGGAUACAGCCUCCCUUUGAAUUUUUUCAUGAGUGCACCAAGGAGCAGAAUUAAAAUACGCAUAUUGAAAACAAGUGGGAUAGAAGGUUCCUAGUAUAUGCCUUUGUUUUAAAAUAUGUUCUAAAUAUCUGGAAAUCAAAGUUAAUACAAAAAAGUUGUCCAGCAUGAUUACAGUUACUUUCUGUCAUAAUUAUUUACAUCUGUUUUUGUGAGUGUCAGCUGUUCUAAAGGGGCCACUCAAUUUAGAUUGUGUACAGCUGGCAAUAAUUAAAGCAUAUUUUGGCAUUUUUAUACAUUUAUUUAAUUUACUUUCCCUGAGAGGCUGGCUUCUUAAAAUGUCAGCCCUGAUAAAGGAGCAUUUUUUCCUUUUCAUUUUCUUCUAGCAUGAAUUUCACCGAGGUUCAAGAAGCACUAGAUCACUUGUCAGCUAUAUACUGGAUUCCUUAGAAGUUAAUCUCUAUCGUUUAUCGGAGGGUAAGAACACAUUUCAGUAUUAGUUUACUCCAUCCCCCUACCACCAUCGCCUACUUAAUCAGAUAUGAGGGUUAUCAGAAAUAAUGGAGAGAUUAAUAAAGACAGAAAUUCAUUACUAUUCGAGUUAAGCCAUUUUUUAACAAAACUGAGCUUUUAUCCAUAUUCAGUUUGGUUUUCUGUAACACAGAUUGAUAGCCAGAGCUCUCAUCACAGUUAUAAUUUACUUGAACAGUGAACUUGGAACUAUUGCAAAGAAAUCCACAGAUGUACACUUUUAUUUGAAGGAGGGGCUCAAUGGACAAGAAACAAUCGCUGCUGAAAUAAUUAAACUUAAAUUGAGCCUGCGAUCAAUAUUAAAAGCUAAUAACUGGUCAGUGGCCCAGAAAGCUUUGAAGACAAGUGGACCUCAAUAAGUUGAAACCUGAGCCCAUGAUAUGGUCAUGUGAUACUGGCAUGGUCAGCAGAUAACCAUUUUUGACAGCUGUCAUUGACCAUAACAUGAAUGUCUAUUAUCAAGUUAAAUGCAGGUUGCAGGCUCUCAAACAAACAAACAAAAUAAUAUCAUUUCAUAUUGGUUAUCCUGUGGUGCAGACAGAUGGGCGGGCCAAUGGGUGUAUGGUCACAUGACUACCAAAAUUUCUUGGAUGCAUGAAUAACCAAAUUUUCUUACCCAUGGUGUUCUGCUGCUCACUCUUCACGCUGCAAGAGCUCUGCUUUAAAUGCUGCCUGUUUUAACAUUCCCAAGAAGGCACAAAGAGCAGAGUGGAAGCGCUUUUUUUUUUUUUGCUUAAAAUAACGCAGUAUAUACCACUUAUUAACCGAGAGUGAGUUCAUUACAGAGAAAUCUCAGUGUCUGUGACAAUUAUUACUGUAUAUACAUCAUUGUAUUAUUUAUAAUCUCCAUCAUGUAACCCGAAAAAUGUACAAGGCAAAUGAAACGACAUUAAGUAUAUACAUUUUCGUAAUUAUUACUCCAAAAUCUUAUUGCAGGCAAUUUUGAAAAGCAUAUAAACAAAGGUGAAGAUCCCUGGUUAAUUGAUUUCUGUGAACCUGGUGGAGGUGAGUCCCAUCAUUGUCUUUUCAUGUAAUAGAAAGGUUGUGGCUGGAUUUUUUUAAGCACUUGAGUUUGAAUAUCGGCUUUAGUUGGCAACAAAAUAUUUGUCUUUAUAGUUAGUAGGAAUAUUUAUUACUAACCUUACAUUUUCUGACUUGUGGUCAGAUGCUUACUGCAUCAAAGUCCGUUAGAACAGUGUGAAAGUUAUUACGAGGUCAGGGAGAAGUCAGUGAGGAUGUUUCCGGAGCUAUUCUGACCCCUCCCCCUCCCCCUCCCCCUCCAAAGAAGGCAACUUUGCUGGGGGGUGGGUGAGUGGGCACAAUUUCAUAGCUUGUUUGACCUGACUAGAAUUUGCUGCAUUUACCAAAAUAAUUAAAACUGGUCUUUUGACAUUUUUAUUAUGUUGCUGAUUAUUGCUUUUUCAUAUCAGGCUUGAAUUAUCAUCUAGAAUUUUAAAAUAUAUGUUGUGGUUAAUUUUUUAUGUCAGUUAAUUUUUACUUUUCCAUCGUUUUUGGGUAUGAUAAUGUAUGCUAACGAAUUUGAAACAAAGGAAAAAUAGAAAUUAACUGAAAUAAAAAAUUAACUGCAACACAUACAUAUCAUAUAGUCCAACUCAGUCAUGUCCAUUAUUUAUCUUACAGAUUGUCUCACUUCAGAUACUAAAAUCAAACUGGCUGCAAUUUUGGUGAGGUUGAUAGUUAUAUUUCCAUCUUUAUCUCGGCAUAGCCAUGAUAUUUUAAUCACUGCCAUGCCAGGGUCCUUGUUGUUCAACUUGAUUGACCUGCCGAAUCAAAUUCAAAAAUUGAUUGAGGUGUCGUGCUUGUGCUAAGCUUUUGUUGAACGUAAUUCAAGAAUAAGUUUGGCAGGUAGGGUAGAAGCACAUCAAGGACUGUAUGAUCUGGCCCUUAGUGGCUUUUCUGUCAUCAGCCUUUAUAGUUAAAGAGCAAUGACCUAUGAAAAGUUUUGUUGUUGGAGUCAAACUUGUUGUUGUUUAACCCUUUAAGUCCCAAUGGUGACCAACAUCAAUUUUCUCCCAACAAUAUCCAUUGGUUGUCAAAAGAAAAGGUUAUGAGAAUUAGUAAAAUGAUCACCAAAGCGAAAAUGCUUUGAUCUUUUAUCAAAUUCUCUCAACUAAUUCUUAUAGGAAAUGUAUAGAGAUCAGUUUGGAGAAUUUGUUUGUGGAUAUUGGGGCUUAAAGGGUUAACUUGUAAUCUUUCCUUUUAUCCUAAUCCAUGCUAAGCUCACAACUUUAUGGCUGAGGAGAAGAAGAGUUAGUUGUAAAGAGGUUGCGGUUGUAACGACAGAGAUUUUUACCAUUUGAUUUUUUUUUAGGAUAACUUAGUCAAUAUUGGUAGUAUUGAUUGUGGUACAAGUAAAAGAUUAUGCAAAGAAGUUGGUUACAGCGAUGAUCUGGUUUACUUCAAGGAUGAAGUUGGACCCAAAAAAGGAGAGGUGGGACCUGAGCCUUGUUGUAAAAUCUUUUGUUUUACAAAAACAAUGCUUUUCUAACUUGUGUUCAUUAUAUAAAACCCUUUCAGGUUUUGAGCAUUCAGUUUGUCAGUUACAAACUUUGUUUUACUUUACUGUGGUGCCGUAUGGGGUAAUAUCAAUAAGGGACUAGCAGACAAACUUCAAAAGCUGCAGAAUAGGGCUGCUAGAAUUCUCACCUUUUCUAACUAUGACGUUCGCUCAAGUGUUUUGUUGGAUGAGCUUGGCUGGGAAAGGCUAGAAUAUGUAAGACUUAAACAGUUGGCUGUGACAGUGUAUAAAAUCCAUAAUAAUCUUUCCCCAUCGUAUCUGAGGCGGAUCUUUACCAACACCUCAAAUGUACAUUCACACAAUCUUAGAAAUUCUGAGUUAAAUUAUUAUGUCCCCAGACCCAGAACUGAGUCUGCAAAAGGGAGCCUACACUACAGAGGAUCUGUUCUGUGGAACAAGAUUCCCUCAGAGAUUCGAAAACUCCCUAUUUUAAAUGUUUUUAAAACUUCAACUCAUGGGAAAGAUUUUUCUAAUACACCAUGACCCAUUGUAACUCUUAUUAUUCAUAAUGUAUUUUUUUGUAUUUUUAACAUUAUAGUCAAUAGUUCCUUAGAGUAUUUUAGUCUAGUUUUAAACACGAUUCCUAGGAAGACCAUGUAAAAUGAUACGAUUUCGUGUAUAAAUAAAGAUUGAUGAUGAUGAUGAUAUUUUAGCCUGCGUAGCUGGCGUUUUUCUUGGUGCGAAUUUUGUUUUUGGUUCGUAUUUAUACGGCCGCGCGAGGUCAAAAGAGUAAACGAUGGGGGGAGAUGGCAAGGAGGAGAAAGAGAGUUUUUCUCAAUAGCCUCCUCGCCUCCCUCCCCCCCUGCCCCCUUCCCCAUCAUUUUCUGGUUCGACCUCGGUUCUGGCUUUCGCACAGCUGUAUCUCUUACUUUACGAACCACAAAAGAAGAAGCACCGACACCAAGAAACCACCAAGAUAGUUGUUGGAAAGGUGCGGCUGGAUAAAUCUCUACCUAGUGGAUAACGCAAUUGAUUUUCCUCAUAGUUAUCCACUGGAUAGCGAUUUAUCCGAUGGGUAGCGCUAUUCAACGUUUAAACAACCGGAGCCAGCUAUGCAGGCGAACUACAAUAUAUCAAAAACUCAGAUAGGCUUGAUGUUGUCGUCAAAUUGAGUGUUGUAAGGUAAAUCGGUAUUUAAAAAGAAAUGUCAAGAAGCAAGUAUUUUCUUUCUCCCUCUUUCGUUUUGCCUUUUCCAACAGAUUAUUGACAGUCUAGAAACCAAAGAGAUUGUGAGUUUUGCACUGAAGAAACUGCCAGAUCCAGUAAAUGUGGAUUUUCAAACAUUUGAGGUAAUUAUUGAGAAAAGCUCCUUUCCGAGUUACAUAAACCCUUUCAAAACGAGGUAAAGUGCAAGCCCUUCCAUAUGACAAAACAUUGUAAGUUUUAUUUGAAUGAAAAAAGAAAAUUAUUUUCAUAGCAAACUUGCCCUCAUUUAGGCAAAGAGAAUUGGGGUACCGGUAAUUCAGGGAUGGCCAAUCAACACUUAGCCUGCGUCACAGACGAAACUGAACUCUGGUUAAGUCCGUCCGCGAAACAGCCCGGAAAUCCUUGUUCUGGGCUUCCAACCUGUGUACCAGGAUUUGAAUACGCGCCAUGAUUGGCCUGUUAAAAAGGCCAUUGUUGAUUUGCCAAUCAGGUUGAAAGGAAAUUCGAAACACACUUCCGGUAAUUCCUUGAGUCCGCUGGGGACCCAGAACAAGGAUAUUGGGGCUGCUUCGAAAACGUUACUAACCGGGGUUAAAUUACGUCUGCUUUAAGCCCCAAUAUCCAAAUACAAAUUCUCCAGACUGAUCUGUAUACAUUUCUUAAAGAAUUUGUUGAGAGAAUUUGAUGAAAGAUCAAAGCGAUUUCCCUUUGGUGAUCAUUUCAAUAAUUCUCGUUGCGUUUUCUUUUAACUAUGCGUAGAUAUUUUUAAGAGAAAAAUGAUGUUGGUCACUCUUCCAAGGGACCUAAAGGAUUAAGCCCCAAUAUCCAAAUACACAUUCUCCAAAGUGAUCUUCAUACAAUUCUUAAAGAAUUACAGUCGACUCUCUCUUAACGGACACCUCUGUAAAACGGACACCUAGAGUUGGUCCCCGCCUUUCUUUACUCCCUUUAUUUGACUCUCUAUAAGAUGGACGUCUUCUCUAAGACAGACACUUACUGCCGGUCGCAAAGGUGUCCGUCGUAGAGGGAGUUGACUGUACUUGAGACAGUUUGAUGAAAGAUCAAAGCGAUUCCCUUUGGAGAUCAUUUUAUUUAUUCUCAUUUCCUUUUUCGUGAUGAUUCAUGAAAGCCCUAGCAUGAUAAUUCUUUUCUGUAACACUGCAUGUACACGUUUUACGUGGCAUAACUCCCGUAAGCGAGCACCCAAAAUGCGAAGAAGUGGUCGCUUACAAGAGGUGGUCUCUUACGAGAGAGAAACUGCAGAAGGUCCUUUAAGGGGAGAAAUCCGGACACGUCUACUUUUUGCAGAGAUUGUAUUGCAUGUAAUGUUUAAGUUGCAAUGUAUGUAAACCAAUGCAGUUUCUAACGGUUCUUGUCAUACUAUAAGUAGCAUUGUACAUACAGAAAACUUAAAGAUCAGACCAUUGUAUCAGGUGGUCGCUUAAAAACAAUGGAAAAUUCUAAAACCGUCAACCUAAAAAGUGGUGGAGGGGCUUGUUUAUGAGAGGUUCAAACUGUAAGACUUUGACUGGGAAAAGUUCGGUGUUUUUGCUAAGUGGUCGCCUAUGGGAGGUGGUUACUUACGAUAGGUGGUCGCACAUGAAGUUUCGACUGUAAUAAUUGGUGUUAUUAAUGAGAGUAUUUUUUGCCUAACAGGACAUGAAGACAAAACUUUCCUCUGCCACAGAAAUGCCAUGGGUCUUACAUUUUGAUAGGGGACCCAUGGACAACUUAGAAAUCAGAAAACUUCCUGCAUUCACUUCAGAUAUUAAUGUAAGUUUUAUUAGUUCCAGUUACAUCUGUAAACGAUCCAGAAUCUAGCUGCUCAAACUCAUUAAUAAUUCAUAAAGAAAAUUCAAAGGAAAUUUAAAAUGUUUAAUGAGUGCAUUUGGAAAUCAGAUGAAAAACUGCCCAGUUUUGCAUCCUUAAUUUCUCCUUCUAAAAUCUUUUUUUUUUUUUCGAGAAGUAAUAUCAAGCAUUCCACACAGUGUUUCAUCACCAGAUAAAACACCUCGAAGUUCAUCAAAAAUACUCCGCUGCGAGUCGUAUUUUGAACUCUCUUCUCGUUGUUUCAUCUCUGGUUCACGAUGGAACACUGCGUCUCAUGCUUGAUAUAUUACAUCAUAAAUGUAAUCAGAGGGGCGCACUUAGUGGAAGCCUGGGUAGGUUGAUACCAUCGAGGCCGUACACGGUAAAACGCGCAACAUAUACAGAUUUUGCUGGAAAAAGUAGAACUUCUCGCUAGUUUCUGGGAAACCUUUUCGCAGCUUUCAACGACCUGAGUUGAUGCAGGAUAGGUUUGUUUUCUUGGGUGCAAAAAUUCCCAACAUCGCUCUUCAACUCGCUUUGCAGCAAUGUCGCAAAGCAAGUUGCACUUUUUUGUUGUGGGGUGGGAUUUGUGAUUGGAUGAAAAUAAUAGUUUCAUUUUUCCUUUGGCUGUUUUUGUAGGUUGGUCAUGUUGAUUGUAGUAAAGAAACAGAGAUAUGCCGGCAGGUUCAUGUCAGAAAAUAUCCGAUGGUGGCUCUGUUUAAAACACGUGGUCACUAUGAGUGGCAUCACGGUAUGUAUAGCCCUAUAAUCCCUUGGGGAGGAGAGGUUGGGGGGGGGGCGUAUAAGUGGUAGUGAAAGGUAGACGCUUUUAAUAAGAUGAUCAAUUUUUUUUUAUUAAACAGGCCGCUUCACUGCCCACGACAUUGCUGUGUUUGCGAAGGAAAGUGCAUCCUCCAGCGUCCGGACUCUAGGGCCUGACGAUUUCCCUGCACAAAUUUCCCAGCCUGAACUUCCGUUCUUCGUGGAUUUUUUUGCUCCAGUAAGGACAUUAUACUUUGUCCCUUGUCAUACCGCCCAGAAACUGCCAUUUAAAUUUAACGGCUUAGAUUAGGUACUAGGGCAUCAGAUGGUAACCGGUCGUUUCGAUAUAAAGUCGUUUCGAUACAAACUCAAGCGGUGAAAUUGCACAAAAAAUCUCGAUCACUUCAAGUAUAGCUCCCUGUGAACAAGAAAAUAUUUUGGGUGAAUAUUUUUCGUUCUUUAACCCAAGUACGGGAAACAAUUUACAAGUCGACUGAAUAAACUUGUAUCGAAACGACCGUUAACCAGUCAGAUAGGCAUCACUUCGUUUUGACUCGGACCUUAAAAGGAAUUUGUCACUUUAGAAACGCGAGGAAACUGGGUCGAGUUAACUUUUGCAAAGACUUCUGGGACUGUCACUAGGGACAGGAAAAAAAAUUGGCCAAUAGCUGACCGGCUGACCCAAAAUGACGUUAAAAGUUCAAAAUGGUGGGGCGCGGGAAAUUGAAACAAGGGUAAUGUUUUUAUUUGACUUUAUUCGACAAAAUCAAAAUUUUAUUUUCACUUGUCAGAAAGUAAUUUUUGCUUUUCCGAUAGGAAGGCCAAUAGGGCAUUUGCAUGAUGACGUCAUUUUACUACUAUGACCAGAAUCCUUCAGGGUUUUGCUUUCUUGCGCAAAUUAGCGGUUUUUGUUUUAUGAAACCGCUCUGGAAUUACCAAAUUAAAAUAUUAAAGGAAAAACGUAAGGUAUUCUGGUCGUAGCAGUAAAAUGACACCAUCGUGAAAAUGGCCUGUUUGCCACAACAGUGAAGGUUUCCUUGAACAGUUCUCACGGUCGUUGAUUCAAGUAAUUUAAUUUUUACAUCUUUCAGUGGUGUCCGCCUUGUAUGCGUUUAUUACCUGAAUACAGAAAAGCUGCCCGUUCAUUCGAAGACGGCGAAGUUGGCUUUGGUACGGUAGACUGUACAGUGCACCCUAAUUUAUGUCAUAUGGUAAGAUGCACUUUAGUAGAUUAUUCAGUAUAUUCAUAAUUUAUUCAUGUAGCAUUAAUUAUUGCUAACAUCAGGAGCACGGUUUAUUUCAUAUUAGGCUGAUUUAGCAACAGAGCGGGAACGUCAGUUGACAACGGCGCGCGCAAAUCAAACAACUGGCUUGACGAAUGGCAGAGCGGCAAAUUGGGCUCUGGAAGUCGAGUUUAGUCCUUUCUGCGCGCUUUCCCGUCGUCAAAUGACGUUCCCGUUCUGUUGCUAAAUCAGCUUAUUAGGUAUUGUGAGAACGGACCUCUGGAGCCAGGGUAAGAGGAGGGGGAAACAGCCUUGGAUAUCGCAAAUGCAGAGAAAGAAAAAAGGCUUCUCUUUCCUCCUCCUCUAUCCCUUUUACAUUUUCUCUUUUUUCCCUUCCUCUGGAGAGAGACUGGUCGACAAAACGGACAGCAAAACAAUCGACUUUUCUUCCCAAAAUUUCAUCUCUCUGGACAAAUUAAUCUUAAACAUCUCCAGUCUUUCAAAGAGUAAGAAUUUCAAACAGUCCUAGAAGAAUAAUGUCGAGUAUGUUUUAAAGAUUUGCCAGAAAAAAAGUAAUUCUAGAAAACAUGUGUAAAACCGAUGACAUAAUAGCCUGCGUGGCAGGCGUUCGAAAGGAAAGGAGAAGGGAGUUUAGGUGCGAGACCGCGCGCGAGGGAGAAGGGAGCGGGGAACGCGUUCCCUCCCUCCUUCCUCGCGCGCCCCUCGCGCUUUUCUCGCCCCCUCAAUCCGCUUUUCCUUCCCUUUCGGAAGCCCGCCACGCGCGCAGGCUAAUCACAUAAAGAAGCCAUUUACAUAAGUGUACACAUUACUCCUUCCCGAUGCAUUCGGCGUACGAUUUUUUCGAUGUUGAGUGACACCGCGUUUUAGAUCCAUGAACUUGUUAUUUCUUGUGCGUGAUUACCUGAGUUAUUUUUCAUCUGCUGCUGGAAAGGAAGCAGACAAUUAAUGGGCAAACACUUGCGUCACUCGAAAAUUGUUUAAGGUUUCUGAUAAUUUUUGGUAUUAAAUACAUUUUGUUAUUUCCCCUCAUUCGCAGUUGAAACAGGGCACUUGUCAUGCUGCUUCCUUUGCAACAAAACAAAAGAGAUUCAUCAGCUUCUUGACGCUUUAUUUUUCAGUAUAAUAUUCGCUCAUAUCCAACAACAAUCCUCUAUAACAACAGCAUUCCUCAUCAAUUUACUGGUCACCAUACUGCCGCUGAUUUAGUGGAAUUUGUUGAGGUAAGCAAGUCAUCUGGUUCAUUAAACAGGGCUCGCACAGUCUUGAAAAGUCCUUGAAUUUUAGGGGAAGUCCUUGAAAAGUCCUUGAAUUCCAUUUUUCCUUGAAAAGUCCGUAGAUUUCUGUGCAAGUCCUUGAAUACUCCUUGAAUUUUCUUCAACUUUGAAUGUAGUGGCCUGGAAAGAGUUUUUUGAUGCUUUUUGGUUGUCCAAGACAGAAUAUAGAUCAUAGCGCAGAGAAUUUAAAGGUUAUUUAAAUAAAGUGCUAUAAAUUUUAUGCAGUAAUUAACUAUCAAUGUAAGACCAGUAAACUGAAACAUUUAGAGAAGUUGGUGAAGCAAACAGUUCAAGCCUUAUUAGAAUAGACUGGGAAUGCAUUUUUGUACAAUCUGUGAAAUCAUAUUCCUAGUAGGUGGUCCUUGAAAAUCUAAUGUGGUCCUUGAAAAGUCCUUGAAAAAUGGUUGCAAUUCUUUUAUGAACCCUGUUGACCCUUUAAGCCCCAAUAUCCUCAUACAAAUUCUCCAAACUGGUCUCUGUAUCACCUGAUUUCCUUAGUUAAGAGAAUUUGAUAAAAGAUUGAAGCAUUUGCCCUUAGGUGAUCAUUUUAUUUAUUCUCAUAAACUUUUCUGUUACUUAUGUAUUGAUGAUGUCAAGAGAAAAUUGAUGUUGGUCACUCUUGGGACUUAAAGGGUUAUAGAUUGCAAAACAGUCGGUUUUUUUUCUCAAAAUCAGUAAAGAAAUCGGUAAAGCGUGGCGUGAGUGUCUUACGCGCGCGAGGCGCGCGAGCCUCACUUUCAGCCUCGUUCCAGACCUUUUGUUUGACCUCUCGCGCAUACUUGAAUAAGCAAAAAUACGGACUGUUUUGCAGUCUAAAAGGGUAAAGGCCUUGGCCAAACGUCGAACUUUUCAUAUGACAAACCAACCUUAGUGAGUUAAUCUCAUGAAAAUUUCGACUUCUGGCUCAGUUAAGUUCGUCUGAAUGAGUUUAAAUCGUCUGAUGUCGGAUAAGCAUUUUAAUACAGCAACAUUAAAUCCUCUUUUUUGUUUUAGAAUACACUGAAGCCCGCCGUGGUUCAGUUAACACCAGAAACAUUUCAAUCUCUUGUUGCGGAGAGAAGGCAAGGUGAAACCUGGCUGGUUGAUUUUUAUGCUCCUUGGUGUGGGCCGUGUAAUGAGCUCGCUCCUGAUUGGAAUAAACUUGCCAAGGUAUAGUAAGAACAUUCCUGAUUUGUGUACACACAGUCGUUGACAUGUGUGUUUUAAGCAAUCUUAUCGGUUCGUUAUCUUAGGAUAUUGAGCACUGCAACUUGAUUGGCUCAACGGAGCAGGGUUAUCAGGUUAAAAUCCGGCUGUUUUCUGACAAUAAAUGGUAAAUGAACUUGUCUCAGAGUAAGGUUGAAACUUAUACAGUAGCAGCAAAAUCUGAAGUAAGAGUGUGGCGCUUGUAAAUAUUUAAGACAGUCGUGUGAAAAAGAACAUUAUCCUAAAGCGCUUUAUGUUGGCGUUUGUAAAAACGUUUCGGAUGCUACCGCCUCUUCGUUCAAGUGGGUGAAGUCCAACAAAGCCUACACAAGCACGCCUAAAGGCUAAUUUCAAAGGGCUUGAAGUGAUUUUCAUUUUCACACUGUAAAAUAUCUAAAGUACCCUGUGUGCACAAACAGUUGUUUGAAUGUUAGAACUUUAUCCGUUUAUCCAUCGUUUGGAGAUUAGAGUUGAAGAAGUGAAACAGUGUGCAUUUUAUUUCUCAGCAAAUGCAAGAAGAGGCUAGUGUUGGAUCAGUAGACUGUCAAAAGUACCGAUCGUUCUGUCAAGAGCAAGGAGUGAAUUCUUAUCCCACCAUACGGUUGUACCCCCACAACAGUCAGGGAGCUCGUCGCUUUGUGUGAGUAUUAAAAUGAGUUAGAGCGAUGUUAGUAUCACCUUGAAAAAUGGUUUCAGUAAGUGUUCGUUGUUUGUUUUAUCAGCCAAUGGAUGAAAACAUCAAAACAUGGACUUUUCGUUUCCCCCCCAAAGAAAACCCUAAUAUGGAGAAGGCAUUGUUCGAUUGGCCAAUCGUGUUGCAGUAUGACGUCAAAGCGAAGGGUUGGUUGAUUUCUAGAAAGUUCUCGGCCAUGAAGUUUUUCAGCUGAGCGUUCGCCUAACCAAGCAAAAGCUACGCGCCUUUGUAUCCGUUCGAUAAACCAAUCAAAUCGCUCUAUUUCCGUUCGUUUUCAUUUCAAGGUCAUACUAAAAUCGCUCUAUCAAGACGAAAUUCGCUUUGGGCAUUCUUGACUCUCUUGAGGAGGAUUGUACAUGUAUUGUUAGAGCGGUACGACAAGCUCUCUUACUCGCGCCAUGCUUCUCUGUGCCCUUUUUAUCUGCGCGGAGCCUGGUGCUACUUGUAAAUUGUGUUUAGAAACAGGCAAAAGUUUUCGCCGCUCCGAACUUAAUAUUCUUGUGUCGUUGUCGUUCGUGUUUUUGUUUUUCUGGAAAUAGCAGUUGCUCCUCUCUCCUAUGCAGAGGCUCCCGCUAGGUUUCCCAGUGAAAACAGCAUUAAGCGCGCGGGGGACUAUGGGAAGACGCUUCCUCUCUUUUCCUUCCCAUCAUACCCCGCGCGCUUUCUUUUCCCCCUCUCCCCAAUCUCCCUGCGUCAAAAAAAGGCCUCUGCGGAGGAGAGAAGUGGUUGCUCAUAGCGAUUUUUUGUCGGAAAAAAAAUGAAAAUUUACGUGUGCAGUCGACUCUCUGUUAACGGACAUCUCUAUUAGAGGGACACCUCGGUAAAACGGACACCUAGAGUUUGUCCCUGUCUUUCUUGACUACCGAUAUUUGGUUCUCUAUACGACGGUCAUCCUGUUCGCUUCCAAAGGUGUUCAUCUUAGCGAGAGAGUUGACUGUAUAUACAGACUUAUCUAACAUAAUUUUAUUGUCCUACUGUCUAUAAAAUCAACCGAUUGUUUUUCGCUUUUGUGGCUCCAUUUUUUUUAGAAACCACCGUGGAUGGCGAGACGUGGAUUCUCUUUACAGCUGGGCGUUUCAGCACCUGCCUUCGUUAGUCACGCAACUCAAUCACUAUUCAUUCCAUGAGGCUGUUGUCGGCAGUGAAGAUGCGUGGAUUAUCGAUUUUUACGCUCCGUGGUGCGGGCAUUGUAUUCAGUUUGCACCUGACUUCGAGAAAGUAGCAAAGGUGGGUGCCAAUCCGGAUGUGGAUCAGGGGCGUAGCUUUAGAUUUUGAAGGUGUACGUGCUGGAAGAAAAGUUAGAGCGCCAAAGGCGCUCCAAGGAAGGGGGGUGUCUAUGGGUAUGCUCCCCAAGAAAAGUUUUAAAUUUGUACAUUUUUUCGUUUUUCACCCCACUAUAACGUUUCUUGCUGUCUUGCUGUCAGAACAAGGGAGAGAACCAUCAACAAACUCAACACCCACACAUGUCGUCGACGCCGAGAUUUGAACCCGGGUCUCAUUGGUGGGAGGCGAGUGCUCUCGCCACUGCCCCAUCGUUGCCCUCCAAGGGGAAAAUAGCGGUUGCUCCUCUCUCCUCUGCACAGGCUCCCGCUUGGUAUCCCUGUGAAAAUAGCAAUAAGCGCGCGGGGAACUAUGGGAAGACUCUUCUCCUUCCCAUCGUCCCCCGCGCGCUCACAUUUUUCCCUCUCCCCAGCCCCCCUGCGGCACAAAGAGGCCUCUGUGGAGAUGUCAGUUAGCACUUUUUGAAUUUUGAUAAAUUUCGUCAGUGGCACAGCUCCUUUAACCAGUAUGUUAAUAUUGUUGUAGUUAUUAGAUGGACGUGUCAAGGCGGGUAAGGUAGACUGUGAGCAGGAUUACCAUCUGUGUUCUGAGGCCGGUGUACGUGCUUAUCCUACUGUCAAAUUAUACCUUGGUGCGCCAGGAGAAGGAAUGACACAGGUGAGAUUAGCAUAGCAAUUCUCGUUGGAAAUACGGUCAAGCCUGCAUUAAGCGGUCACCCUUGGGGAAUGGCCAACUGACUGCUUAACCCUUUAAGAUCCACAAACAAAUUCUCCAAACUGGUCUCUAUACAUUUCUAUAAAGAGUAAGUUGAGAGAAUUUGAUAACAGAGCAAAGCAUUUUCCCUCAUUCUCUUGAUUGUGUAUUGAUCAUGUUAAGAGAAAAUUGAUGUUGAUCACUCUCGGCACUUAAAGGGUUAAUACAGUUUGACCGUUUUCUGAGCACUUCAAAGCUUAGGUUGAUUCUUUCACUGUUGAAAGUUCACUAAAAGAGUUCGAAGUGUUUAAGUUGGUGUUACUGUCGACGCCAUUUUCCAGCGUGAUUUAACCCGGACGCGAAGCAUUUUCAAUGAAAAGUAACUCACUAUUUUUCAAUCAAAUGAACAGAUAGUUUCGUUAACGAAAUUUAUAUAUCGUUGCCCAUGUUUUCACUUACUGGUGAAUAAAAUCCCUGCAAAAACAAACACAAAUUACCCGUAUUUAUUCGAUUAAACGCCGCGGCUUUUAUCAAAUUUUCAGCGUUUCCGAUGCGGCGUUUAUAUAAGGGUGGCGUUUAUUCGAGUGCGGCGUUUGUUUCGGAAUCACUUUUCUUAAAUCACUGACAACUGUUACUGUAAAUUGUUUUUUAACUAUUAUGUACUUCAGAGGUUCCAAUGUCUCUCUUAUUUUGCUGAGAUAGAAUCGUAAUUGUCUGGGUUGUGUAGAUUACCAAGUUGUACUGAGGUUUUUCUCUAUUUCACACUCAUGUAUGGGGGCAUCAUUACUCAUUCCGAUUAUGCCGAUUAUUUUUUUUUGCCCAUGCGGAAUUUUUUUCUCCUUUUUCCCCUACUGCGGAGCCUGGUCCAAGGCUUAUUUACUCUUGACAACACUGGUUUUGGAGACCUCCCCGGAAACCAUCUUCCAAUUAAUUCAAGCGUUCAAUUGGUCUAAAAAUAACUUUGGUGAAAUUAACAUACCCCAAGGGCUAGACUGGGCGUUUCACUCUCUCUCCUAUUAUUCUCUCCUCGUUUAAGUAAAGUACUUUCCCCCUUUUCUUGCAGCCAGUGAACGGACACUUGGAGGUAGAGACGCAGAAUCCGCAGGAAAUCAAGAACAUUGCGCUUCGGUCGUUAGAAGAGUACAGAACAGAAUUAGAAGAAGAGCAACAUGAGGAGACGCGAAGAAAAGAGACAAAAGCGAAAGGAAAAGGGAAAAAGGUAACGAGCACACAGUUGUUGAUGCAUGGCGCGUCGCGAACUUAUAGUUCUCUUUUUCUGAUCAUGAUAUAAACGCUCGCUCGUCGCGAACUUACAGUUCUCUUUUUCUCAUGUAAACGCUCCCGUGCGUUGCAAAUUUUACAGUUUUUGUAAACGAAAAUUCCGCCAUUUCCGAGAACCAACCGAUAAGAUGCAAGACAAAAACAGACGGUCGUCUUUCGAAUGAAGAUGGGCCUCUAACGGUUAUAUGCGAAUUUUUCUUGACAAAUAUCUGCUCACCAGCAUACGCGCCUCGAAAUUUGCCAUUUGGCCACAUAGACUUUUGCACGUCUGUUGGCUUAUACUCUGGAAGUGUACAAAGUACCUUUUGUCUGAAAGUCGUUUCACAAUGAAACACCAUUUAUAGUGUAUGUCGUUUUCCCAGCGAAAGAUGAUUUAUUAUUCGUUCAAAUCCCGUGGCUCAUUCUUCAUAACCAGCAAGCGUUUACCAAAUUUGGAAGAAGUUUGCGAUAUGUGGAAAAUGACGUCAUACACCGGUAUAACUGCCAGAAAUAUGGACGGCAACCAAGAAGCCCUGGAGACGAGAUUGCGUUGUUUUGGUUGAGCGAUACUAAAUGGCUGAACAUUUCACACGUUUCGCCAAGAAGAAAUGGCCGAAGUACUGCCUUAAAACUAGCAAGAACAGAAAGAAUACAACUCUCUUCGGAGAAUAUCUGCAGAACUAUACAUCCCUGUAUCUGCUGAAAUUGCCCAGAAACAGACAAAUGAAGGUGGAAACAUUGACCAAGAUAAUCAGUAAAUACAACAUUGAACCAUCAUCAGUAAACGCCGACAUCAUCAGUAAACACAACAUAAACCAUCAUUUUAAUGCUGAUGAUAGCCAAAUUUAUUUGUCUUUCAAGCCGAGUGCUGCUGGCGAUCCGAGUACAUCCAAACUGCGCAUUGAGUUUCAGCCAGUAAGUUGAUGCUCAAUCACGACAAAACUGAGCUCCUUGUUUUGCACGCCCGUCAUCGACCACAACCCCCGCUAGAAUUUAUUCUUGUUUGCUCAGAUGUGAUCUACUCAUCGAACUCGGCAAAGAACAUCGGUGCGUGGUUCGACAAUGUCAUGUGUACGGACAAACAAAUAAACAGCAUAUGUCAGUCUGCUUUCUACCACCUGCGCAACGUUGCUCAAAUCAGUAAACUAACGACUUCUAACAGCCACACGUAAACACGACCAUAGUACACCUGUGCUAAGAGAUCUACUUUGGUUACCCGUUCAUGAGCGUAUUCGUUUUAAAAUUUUACUAAUGACUUUUAAAUGCCUUAAUCAACUAGCGCCACCCUACCUAAGUGACCUCUUAAUUCACUAUAGACCAUCAAGGACAUUACGUUCGUCUGAUAAAGAACUAGUGGUACAGCCCCGCUGCCAUCUUAAAACAUAUGGGGAGCGAGCUUUCUCCUUUAUUGCCCCAAAACUAUGGAAUACCCUCCCAUUUAGUAUAAAACGUUGCAACUCAGCAGAAUCUUUUAAAUCCACUCUUAAGACGUAUCACCUUUUUAGAAAUUACGUUGAAUUGUAAGAAUCAUUAAUUAUUACGUUUUUUCAGGCUUUUUUUUUUUAUUGUUACUUAGUUUUCUUUAUCAAUCACUGUAAAGCGGUGUUGGUUCAGUAGAGAAACAGCGCUAUAUAAGAUUAUUAUUAUUAUUAUUAUUAUUAUUUCAAAAGUAGGUUGAGUUUGGUCGUCCGGGUGAACGUAGUCCUGAAUAUGACUGUUGUUGUUGACAGUGACUCGGACGCUUCGACAACCUGGGCUGAGUUGCUCAAAGCACGGUUAGCUUUAACCAUUGGUUAAGCAGUAUCAAAACCAAUACGUUGUCAAGGUAUUAAACGCUGGUUAACGCUAACCAUGCUUCGAGUAACUGGGCCCUGUGCGGUAGUCAUCUUCAGAGUCAAAGUUUGACUCUGAAGAUGACUUCCGCACAGGUUGUCGAAACGUCAGUCAGUGCCAACAACAACAGUCCUAUUCAGGACUACGUUCACCCGGACGAUCAAACUCAACCUACUUUUGAAAUGACUCCUGGAUUCAAACCUUUCACAGGAUUAUUAUUAUUAUUGUUAUAAAUAUGUUUUAGCUAAAUUUAAAACAACAGCAACAAUUAUUGUAUUCGGCGUUCUUAUGAUCUGAAGAAUUAUUAUCGCGUGUGUCUUCUUCUCGCGCGCCCGUUCUUUCUUUCUUUCCAAGCGCCUGCUACGCAGGCUAACUCGGAGGGUGUUAUCCGCCGAGGGGGAAUGACACCCUCCUUGAUCUCCAUGAUUCUUCAGAUCAUACUCAGUCUCAUCCAAUAGUGUUACUAAAUAGUUUUUGAGGGCUUGUGUUCUUUUAGUACGUAACAAUUUUUUCUUUUCUUUUUUUAAAAUUUUUUAUUAGAAGAGCAAACCAGUUCACGAUGAAUUUUAG